AUGCAAGCAAUAACCUUCCAGCAACCAUUCAAAGUAUUAGUAAAAACCGUCCCUAUUCCAAAAAUUAUACAAGAUACUGAUGUUAUUGUAAAAAUUUGUGUUAGUGGAUUAUGUGGAUCUGAUUUACACGGAAAUGAUGUUGGAAAUGAAAAAGAUACGAUAAUGGGUCAUGAAUUUAUGGGAAUUGUUAACGAAGUUGGAAGUAAAGUUAAUGAUUUUAAAGUUGGUGAUAGAGUUUUGUCACCUUUUACUACUUGCUGUCAAUUAUUUGGAUGGAUUGAAAAUGGUUAUGGAAUUCAUGGAGGUCAGGCAGAAUACGUUCGUGUUCCAUUAGCUUCUUCAACUCUUGUCAAAAUUCCAGAUGAAAUUUCUGAUAAUACAGCACUAUUACUUGGUGAUGUAAUAAGUACCGGUUAUUUUUGUGCUGAAAAUGGAUUGAAUGAAUUAGCACCUCAAUUAUCCUAUCUAAAACAAUACAAGUUGGAUUAUCAAAAAAAAGAUGAAUAUGAUGAUAUUGUGGUGGUAGUUGUCGGAUGUGGACCAGUUGGAUUGAUGUCUAUUGCAUCUGCAAUUUGUUUGGGUGUUAAGAAUAUAUUUUCAAUUGAUAGUAUUCAAGAAAGAUUAGAACUUGCAAAAGAUUUUGGUGCAACGCCGAUUCAUUUAAUUGAGGAUGAUCCGAUCGAAAGGAUUAAAGAGAUUACUAAUGGGAGAGGUGCUGAUAUUGUUCUGGAGGUCGUAGGUAAUUCAUCAGCACUUGAUUUGUCAUUUAAAUUACUUAGACGUGCUGGUGUAUUAUCAAGUGUCGGAUUGAAUAAUUCAAAUAUGUUUCCAUUUAGUCCUAAGGACGGUUACAACAAAAACAUAAAAUAUAUAUCCGGACGUUGUCCAGCUCGUCAAAUUUUAGCAAAAACCAUUCCAUUAGUAUUAUCAAAGAAAUUUAAUUUUGAAAAAAUUAUUACACACGAAAUGAAAUUAAGUGAUGGUGAGAAAGCUUAUGAAAUUUUUGAAAAAAAACUGGAUAAAUGUGUUAAGGUUGUUUUUAAAAAUAAUAAUUGA